CGCCAGGAUACGCAGCGCUGACGUGUCGACGUAAACACGUGCGGCUCCCUGGUAACAGGUUUCUCUUUCUAUUUUUUUCGUCCCUCCCUCCAUCCCCCCUCGCUCUUUCUCAGCAUUCCCUGACAACAGCAGCGAUGGCGGAACCCCCAGCAUCGGGAGCGACAGAUGCACCAUCCUCGCCUCCGACUCCGGCCCUUUCUCCUGCAGUCAGUCCGGGCUCGGAACCUCCUUCCAUCGCGCUUUCUCCCUCUGCGGGCGGUUCCCAGCGACUGCUCUUCUCCCACGACCUGGUGUCCGGUCGCUAUCGCGGUUCGGUCCGGUUCGGCCUUGUCAGAAUGAUACACGGCGAAGAGGAUUUCGACUCCGACUCGGACAUCGACGGUGAUGGCGGAGGUGGCGGCGGGGGCGGCGGCGGUGGUGGAGGCGGCGGCGGCGGCAUUGCCGGUAGCUCCGAUACCGAGAGUGGGGCGGCGGACAGCAGGGCUCGGCCCCUGGGACGGGGCUACGUUCGUGUGCAGUGGUACCCAGAAGGAGGAAAGCAGGACAUCCGAGAGACGAAGUUGAAACUCGAGGACCGAUCCAUCGUGCCCAGGGACAUCGUGCGGCGUAUGCAUGCCAACGACAGUCAGUGUGGCACGGUGAUCGACAUCAACAUAGAGUGUGCGGUGAAGCUGGUAGGAACCAACUGUGUCCUGUACCCCGUCAACAGCAGAGAUCUGCAGCACAUCUGGUCUUUCAUGUAUGGAGACUACAUAGCCUACGACUUCUGGUUGGGUAAAGUGUAUGACCUGACCAACCACAUCAUUCUGAAGCUUUCCAAUGGAUCCAGGUGUUCCAUGAGCGUAGAGGACGGUGCUAAGCUUUAUGACGUCUGCCCCCACGUCAGUGAUUCGGGGCUGUUCUUCGAUGAGGCCUACGGUUUCUACCCAGGCCAGGUGCUGAUCGGACCUUCCAAAGUGUUCUCCAACGUGCAGUGGCUUUCUGGGGUCAAGCCUGUGCUCAGCAAGAAGAGCAAGUUCAGGGUGGUGGUGGAAGAGGUCCAGGUUGUGGAGCUGAAAGUGACGUGGAUCACAAAGAGCUAUUCCCCGAGGGGCACGGACAGCGUCUACCCACCGCCCUCCACGAUCACGCAGGAGAACCUCUGCAGGGUUAAGCGACUGGGCUACUAUGACCACACUCAGAGGCAGCUGGGCGAAAGGGCCCUCUACGUCUUUCCCCCUAAAGGUGAUGCCACCCGUAUCACCUGCGAGGGGCCCGAGGGGGCCCCCAUUCUACCCGAGGACCCUGUUGCCCGGAAGUUGAUAAAAAUGUUUAAGAAAGACGUAGGGAAGAAGACCACCGACCACGCCGAUGGACAUGGUGCCAGCCAGCAGCUGGCGGAAAAGGCAGAGAGGCCUGAAGGUGAGAAAAAGCCCGAGUUACACCAGGAGCUGGUGACCAUCCAGGAUAAGGUGGAUGCUGGCUGCCUCAACAACGGUCCACUGGAGGCAGAUGGGCAGCCCAAGGAGGGCGCCCUGGAAACGGCGGGCGACCCAGACGCGGAUGACGAGGCGGCGGAUGACACGGACGACACCAGCUCCAUGACGUCGUCGGCGAGCUCCACCGCGUCCUCGCAGAGCGGAGGCGUGGGCCCGAACCGCAAGAAGAGCAUCCCGCUGUCCAUCCGCAAUCUGAAGAGGAAGCACAAGAAGAAGAGGACCAAGUUCUCCCGCGAGUUCAAACCCGGAGACCGGGUGGCGGUGGAGGUGGUGUCCACCAAGACCACAGCGGACGUCAUGUGGAAGGACGGCACCGUCGAGAAGGGGAUCCGUUCUAAUGAUCUCAUCCCCAUCCAGCACCUGGACAACUACGAGUUCUGUCCCGGGGACUUCGUGGUGGACAAGCGACCCCAAGCUUCUCCAGACCCUGGGAUAUAUGGGGUCAUCCAGUCCGGGGACCACAAAGGCAGGACGUGCGCAGUGAAGUGGGUCAAACUCAAUGCCACCAGCGAUGAUGUGGAGGUGAUCGGCGAGGAAGACGAUGUCAGCGUUUACGAUAUCGCUGACCACCCGGACUUCCAUUUCCGCACCACGGACAUCGUUAUACGGAUAUGGAGCUCGGAAAACGGCCAGGCCGCCGACUGUGAAAACGAGACAUCUGUGGGCCAGGUGUCCCGCGUGGACAUGAGCAGCAAGGUGGAGGUGGUGUGGGCCGACAACUCCAUGACUGUGGUCCUGCCUCAGCACCUUUACAACGUUGAGUCAGAGAUCGAGGAGACUGACUACGACUCGGUGGAAGGCAGCAGCAGUGGGGCCUCCUCUGAGGAGUGGGAGGACGAGAGCGACAGCUGGGAGACGGACAACGGGGUGAUGGAGGAUGAGCCGCCCGGGGAGACGACCCCGGCUCCGCCGCCUACCAGUCAGGCCGGCGCCCCGCAGGAGGCCAAGGCGGUGAUCCAGCACCCUGCCACGGUGGAGGACCUGGAGGGGGCCAUCGCCUCAGCCACGCUGGCGGGAGCAGGAGGCGGUGGAACAGGGGCCGAAGAGAAGGCAGGCAAAGAGGGAGCGCCACGGGGCUUCCGGGAGCUAAAGGAGGCCCUGAAAAUUCUGGAGAGUCUGAAAAACAUGACGGUGGAGCAGCUGUGGACCGGUUCACCUACGUCACCCACCGUGGAGCCAGAGAAGCCCACCAAGGAGAAGAGAUUCCUGGAUGACAUCAAGAAACUGCAGGAGAACCUGAAGAAGACACUGGACAAUGUGGCCAUCGUGGAGGAGGAACGUAUGGAAGCUGUAGGGGAGACGGACAAGGAGGAGAAGCAGCAGGAGCCCCAGACGCCCGUGCGCUCCGAGUGGCCCAGCGACACACCUGUUCUCUGCCAGCAGAGCGGGGGCAAGCCGGGUGUCACCUUCACCAGUGCCAAGGGGGAGGUCUUCUCUGUGCUCGAGUGGGCACCAGACACUCACGCCUUUAAGAAAAUGGAGUUCCAGCCUGCAGAAGCCAAGAAGUUCUUCAGCACUGUGAGGAAGGAGAUGGCGCUGCUGGCCACCUCGCUGCCAGAUGGUAUCAUGGUCAAGACAUUUGAGGACCGCAUGGAUUUGUUCUCUGCUUUAAUUAAGGGCCCCACACGUACUCCCUAUGAGGACGGCCUCUUUCUUUUCGACAUCCAGCUGCCCAACAUCUACCCAGCAGUCCCGCCGCUCUUCCGCUACUUGUCACAGUGCAGCGGCCGCCUGAACCCCAACCUCUAUGACAACGGCAAGGUCUGCGUCAGCCUUCUGGGAACCUGGAUCGGCAAGGGUACUGAAAGGUGGACCAGCAAGUCCAGCCUUCUGCAGGUGCUCAUCUCCAUCCAAGGGCUGAUCCUGGUGAACGAGCCGUACUACAACGAGGCCGGGUUCGACAGCGACCGGGGCCUGCAGGAGGGCUACGAGAACAGCCGCUGCUACAACGAGAUGGCCCUUAUCAAAAUGGUGCAGUCCAUGACACAGCUGCUGCAGCAGCCUGUGGAGGUCUUCCAGCAGGAGAUCCUGGAGCACUUUCAUAUCAGCGGUUGGAGGCUGGUGCACCGUUUGGAGGCCUGGCUGGAGAUAAACGAGGCGGUGGAGCGGGGCUACAGGGGCCGCGGGCCGGAGCGCACGCCGUCGGAGGAGGCGGGGCCGGCGGUCAUCACACACGGGGUGCUCUACAGCAGCCCCGGCAGCCUGGAGCUGCGGGAGGAGGAGCUGGAGGACUCGGGCCUGAGCCCCUCCACCACUGCACAGCAGGAGCUCAGCCAGCACUCGGACUGCGAGAGUCCCGCGGCGCCGGGCGGGGAGGCUGGCUUGGGCGCGGGCACCGAGCAGAUGGGGAAGAGCCAGCAGGACUCCGCGGGAGGCCAGCCCGCCGUCAGACCAAAGAAGAGGAGGAAGAGCUACCGCAGCUUCCUGCCGGAGAGAAGCGCCUACCCUGACAUCGGCUUCCCGCUCUUCCCGCUCUCCAAGGGCUUCGUCAAGAGUGUCCGCGUGGUCCUGCAGCACUACCGCGCCGCCCUGGCUGCCGCCAGCAUCCCCGAGCGAAGGGAGGACAAGUAGGUGCCCUGGAGCUCCACAGUGCCCCCUGCUGCCUACACCCCUCUUCCAGCUACUCCCCUCUCCCACACACCAGUGUUGUACAGCAGUGUCCUGCCCCCUCCCAAAGGUAACCAAGCUGUGCCUGGGAGGAAGAUUAUUACGACUAUUAUUGCUACUGUUGUUGUUAUUAUUUUGGUAAAUAACCAGUCUGCGCAUAAAUCUAAUCUCUAAAUUUAAGUUCCAUUGGUGCCCCACCGCAGUAGAGAUGUGAAUGAAGGUUUCUCCCCCCACCCCCAUCCCCAGCUUCACCUUUGUGGGGGCUGCUGCCUGUCCUGCCCUUGUCCCCCUGAAUCCUGCUGACAUUCUGACCACUCAGGGAGACUUGGACACAGAGCCUGUGCCUUGACGGGAGCAUCAGGAGUGAGAUGAUUCUUGUGUUUUUCUUUAUGGAGGACAUGGCCGGGGCAUACUGGUGUGGCAGGAUUUCUGGGGGGGGGGGCGGCAGAGGCUG